CCCUAACCCUUAACCAAUCCCACCAUGGAUGUAUAGAGAAAACAGGUCGGAUAAUGCAAGACUAUCUUCAACCCAACCAACAAAUGCAAAUAGGACAGCCAUCUAUCAGAGGGAGAUUAGGUCGGCGUACGGUAGGUGGCGGUAUGCACCUAAAAGUUGGUAUUGCAAUUCGAAAAACACGCAAAGAAGAAGAGGAAGAAGAAUUGUGGGAUUGCAAUGGCUGCUCCCUAGUCUGUAAACAUUCGCGUUGUGUUUACGAAAGCCGCAGUUGAAAUAUUUUCCAGUGACAGCUACAGACCCAAAUAAACAAGCGGCAGUUCUCCGCAGUUUGCCGCCCGGCCUUGUCGGGACAGAACCUGAUAGCUCGCAGGCUAGCUGAGGCUGGCUGCUCUAUCUGAGAUAAUGGAUGAAGAUUUGUCCAUGCAUAGGCUGGAAGGGACUGAUCCAGCUGCUGAAGUUGGUGGACUGAUAGUAAAGAAAAAGAGUGCUGCUGCAGAGCCCCAUGUUUUUCGGGCACCCACUCCACGCACCUCCUUGCUGGGCUUGGAUCUGCUGGCAGCCCAGAAAAGGAAGGAGCGUGAGAGUAAGGAGCAGGCAGACGCUAGUGCCGAGGACAGAAAUAGAAAGAAGUCAAAGGUUUCCUCCUACAAGGACUGGGAGGAAGGUAAAAGUGACUCUGAAUCUGAUGAAGAAGACGAUGAUAACAACAGGGAUGCUAAGAAGGAGAGUAGGAAGUAUCGUGUGACUGGCUCAGAGACACCCUCAAACCCCGGAGGGGUCAGCGAAGAGUUCCGCCGCAGACACCAGCAGAGAGAGAAAGACAGACGGGAGCAUGGAGUGUACGCUUCGUCCAAAGAGGACAGGAACAGAGAAAAAGACAAAGAAAGGAGUAGAGAUAAGGGGAGAGACCGAAAAGGUGAAAAAGAUGAGCGAGAGAGCAGCCAUAGCCGUGGCAGCCGGUCGGAGCGUUCGGAGCGCGGUGAGAGGAGUGAGCGCUCACAGAGAGAUGGCUGGUCCGAUCGCAUCAGCCGGGGGAGUAAGAGAGAGGAACCCCUGACGCCACAGCAUCGCCCCAGAGAUUCUUUCACACCCUCACGCUCCAACUGGGAGGAGGACGACAGUGGUUAUGCCAGUUCACGGCUUUCCCAGUGGGAGUCUCCGUCCCCCGCCCCGUCUAACAAAGAGAUGGAUCGCUCAGAGCGAAGCCAUCGCUCCGGCCGAGAGAGUGAGAGGAGAGACAAGUCAAUCAGAGGCCGUUACCCCGACGACACACCUCUGCCUACCCCAUCAUACAAGUACAACGAGUGGGCCAAUGACAGAAAGCAUUUAGGUUCUACACCUCGUUUAUCACAAGGAAAAGGUAGGAAAGAAGAUGGUGUGGGGGGAAUUAUGUUUGAUAAUGUAGAUGAGAAAGACCAGUGGGAGGAGGACCAAAAGCAAGCGGACAGAGAUUGGUACAUGAUGGAUGAGGGCUAUGAUGAGUUCCACAACCCUUUCACGACCACCUCUGAAGAAUAUGUAAAGAAGAGAGAACAGAUCCUUCAGAAGCAGACUCAAAAAAGAAUAUCUGCCCAGAAGCGACAGAUCAAUGAGGAUAAUGAGCGGUGGGAGACCAACCGUAUGCUGACCAGUGGUGUGGUGCAGAGGUUGGAGGUGGAUGAAGACUUUGAGGAGGACAAUGCGGCUAAGGUUCACCUGCAGGUUCACAACCUGGUUCCUCCCUUUCUGGAUGGAAGAAUAGUCUUCACUAAGCAGCCAGAGCCUGUCAUCCCUGUGAAAGAUGCUACCUCUGACAUGGCCAUCAUCGCUCGUAAAGGCAGCCAGCUCGUCCGUAAACAUCGUGAGCAGAAAGAACGCAAGAAGGCACAGCACAAACACUGGGAAUUGGCAGGCACCAAGUUGGGGGAUAUCAUGGGCGUCAAGAAGACGGAGGAGAAAGACACCCCUGGGGGCAAAGUGGUAGGCGAGGACGGCAAAGUAGACUACAGAACAGAGCAGAAAUUUGCAGACCACAUGAAAGACAAGACUGAGGCCAGCAGUGAGUUUGCUAAGAAGAAGACCUUUCUGGAACAGAGACAGUACUUGCCUAUUUUUGCUGUCAGACAGCAACUUCUUAACAUCAUAAGGGACAAUAGCAUCGUGAUUGUUGUUGGGGAGACGGGCAGUGGGAAGACCACCCAGCUGACUCAGUACCUGCACGAGGAUGGCUACACUAGCUAUGGCAUGGUGGGUUGUACUCAGCCCCGAAGAGUGGCAGCCAUGAGUGUGGCCAAGAGAGUCAGUGAGGAGAUUGGCACCAAUCUUGGAGAGGAGGUGGGCUACGCAAUCCGUUUUGAGGACUGCACAUCCGAGAAAACCUUGAUAAAGUACAUGACAGACGGUAUCCUGCUCAGGGAGUCGUUGAGGGAGUCAGACUUAGACCACUACAGUGCUGUUAUCAUGGACGAGGCUCACGAACGCUCCCUGAAUACUGAUGUGCUGUUCGGCCUGCUACGUGAGGUUGUAUCUCGACGUACUGAUUUGAAACUCAUAGUUACCUCUGCAACUAUGGACUCCGACAAGUUUGCUGCAUUUUUUGGCAACGUACCCAUUUUCCACAUUCCAGGAAGAACAUUUCCCGUAGACAUCUUGUUCAGCAAGACUCCUCAGGAGGACUACGUGGAGGCAGCAGUGAAACAGGCCCUGCAGAUCCAUCUCAGCGGGUUGAUAGGAGACAUCCUCAUCUUUAUGCCUGGGCAGGAGGAUAUUGAGGUGACGUCCGAUCAGAUCGUGGAGAGGUUGGAGGACUUGGAAAAUGCUCCUGCUCUGGCCGUGCUGCCCAUCUACUCCCAGCUGCCUUCCGACCUCCAGGCCAAGAUCUUCCAGAAGGCUCCAGAUGGUGUGAGGAAAUGCAUUGUCGCAACAAACAUCGCUGAGACCUCCCUCACUGUGGAUGGAAUCAUGUUUGUCGUGGAUGCAGGAUACUGCAAACUUAAGGUUUUCAAUCCUCGCAUUGGAAUGGAUGCUCUACAGGUUUAUCCCAUCAGUCAGGCUAAUGCCAACCAGCGUUCUGGCAGAGCAGGACGUACAGGACCAGGACAGUGUUACAGGCUGUACACUCAGAGCGCCUAUAAGAACGAGAUGCUGACUACCACCAUACCAGAGAUCCAGAGGACCAACCUGGCCAAUGUAGUCCUGCUGUUGAAGUCUCUGGGUGUUCAGGAUUUGCUCCUCUUUCACUUCAUGGAUCCACCACCUGAGGACAACAUGCUCAACUCCAUGUACCAGCUCUGGAUCCUGGGAGCUCUGGACAACACAGGUGCUUUGACACCGACGGGGCGUCUGAUGGUGGAGUUUCCCCUCGACCCCGCCCUCUCCAAGAUGCUGAUUGUGUCCUGCGACAUGGCUUGCAGUGCUGACAUCCUUAUCAUUGUCUCCAUGUUGUCUGUGCCGGCCAUCUUCUACAGACCUAAGGGUCGUGAGGAGGAGAGUGACCAGGUGAGGGAGAAGUUCUCAGUCCCUGAGAGCGACCACCUCACCUACCUUAACGUCUACAUGCAGUGGAAGAACAACAAUUACUCCAGCAUCUGGUGCAACGACCACUUUAUCCACACCAAGGCCAUGCGCAAGGUACGUGAGGUGCGCUCCCAGUUAAAGGACAUCAUGGUCCAGCAGAGGAUGAACCUGAUUUCCUGUGGGUCGGACUGGGAUAUCAUCAGGAAGUGUAUCUGUGCUGCAUAUUUCCACCAGGCUGCCAAGCUCAAGGGCAUUGGUGAAUAUGUGAACGUGAGGACAGGCAUGCCAUGUCACCUCCAUCCUACCAGCUCCCUGUUUGGUAUGGGCUACACUCCCGACUACAUCAUCUACCAUGAGCUCGUCAUGACCACCAAGGAGUACAUGCAGUGUGUGACUGCAGUGGAUGGGGAGUGGCUGGCAGAACUUGGGCCCAUGUUUUACAGCAUCAAACAUGCAGGAAAAAGCAGACAGGAGAACCGUCGCCGGGCCAAGGAGGAGAUCAGCAACAUGGAAGAGGAGAUGUCCAUGGCUGAGGAGCAGCUGCGAGCUCGUCGAGAGGAGCAGGAGAAGAAGAGCAUCACUGGCACUGUUAAGGCUGUGAAAAUCGUCACACCAGGAAGGAAAGAAGAGGCCCCCAUGACGCCUAGAAGGACCCCUGCCCGCUUUGGACUGUAGAACUCCCCCUGGAGGUUAAAUUCCACUAACCAACAAACCAUUUUGGCCCCCCCUAGACUCAUUAUCAUCCAGACCUGGACCACACCAGCACAAGCAACACAGUGUAACUUCCAGCUGCCAUUUGUCCCUCCCAGCAUGGCCAGAAUCAACUGCAGUUCAUGUAGAGACCACUAGAGUGAGAACUUGUAUAAGGCACAAGAGUCAAAGACGUAGCCUGGUCCAUCAAAAAAAUGUCUCCCUCCACCUUCAUCAGCUGAUAGCUGUUUCCAUGAUACAUUUUAAGGAAUAAAGGACUGUUGUUUUUUUGUAUAUUCAGUAUUUAUGUUGUCAUUACUGAAGUGUUUUACAAAUGUCUCUAUACAGUAAUGAUUUUACUUGAGCUAGAACAUGUUCUGUUGCAUUUUCACCAUUUUGAGUGUAUUAUCAGAGGGAAAUAGUGAUUCUAAUUUGAAUUUUACUUGUCUUUGUGUCCUUGCAUUUACUAGUUAUUGUACUGUCGUGGCUUGAGCAGCCACAUGAACAGUUGACCAUUAAGUGCUCCUCUACGGACUGAAGCACUAUUCAAACUGUGCUUGUGGCUUGAGUGUCUUCAGACUCUAGAGUUGUGUUGUAAUAUCCCCCAAUACACACACACACAACACUCAUGCAGGCUUAGGCAAUUGACCUUUUUCUACUCUCUGUUAACCUUGUUCCACCAAUGUAAUGUACCACAGCUUUGCUUCAUAAAAAACAUCACGCUGGAUUAAACAUAUCAACUGUU